ACGUAAACGCGGGUUUGAUCGCUCAAAACGUAAGACUGACGCAUCCCUCUUCUUGCCUUCUAUCAAUUGCGUCAGUGAUAAUCGAUCGAUCUAUCAUAUCGUCAGAGGAAUUCUUCAACUUGAUCUGCCUUCUGUGAUUUUUAUAUGCUCAGUAUGGAUACUAAGAUCGCGACCAUUCAUGGAAGACCUGGAGGAGGACCUGCACAGGCCAAUGUUGUUUGCCAUUUUUGGAAGAUGGGAAAGUGUAAUAGAAAUCCUUGUAGGUUCAUGCACAGAGAAUCACCACCUCCUAAAGUUUACCAUAGAACUCCUAAGCAAACCAGUGUUUCACUGGUGGAACGACCAAAGAGGAGCUUCAGCUAUAGCCUUAACCAUUCAGCGGAUUUGAGUUGUGGGUCUGAGGAGAAAAUAGUUCAGAAGAUCUCCAGCCAUGUCAUUGAGGAUCCACCUAGGAAACGCUUCAAUUCUAAGAAUCCUUUGGCUUCAACCACUAGAGUUGGUGGAUCUGAAUAUAGAUGUGGUCGUGAGUGCUCAACUUCUAGCACAGAGGAGGAAAAUAUGAAGAAGAUACGAGUAUGCAGGAAGUGCCCUGAGAAUACGUCACCUUCAAAUUCUGGAGGUUAUGUUCCUGAAGGUAAAGCUAUCAAGAAGAGCUCAAAAAGGUCUUGUGAGCAUUGGAUGUCAGGGAAUUGUGUUAAAGGUGAUGGGUGCCAGUUCUUGCAUUCGUGGUCUGAUGGAAAUUGCUUCUCAAUGCUGACAAAGCUCCAGGGCCAUACUCAGGCCAUCUCUGGAAUUGCACUUCCUUCAGGAUCUGACAAACUGUACUCAGGUAGCAACGAUGGAACAGUACAUGUUUGGGAUUGCCAUACUGGUCAGUCUACAAAUGUUAUAAAUCUUGGUGACAGAAUUGGGACUUUAAUUAGUGAAGGCCCGUGGAUAUUUGUUGGCUUGCCAAAUUCUGUUAAGGUGUGGAACCUUGAAACAGGGGCCGACUUUAGUCUCAAUGAACCAGUAGGGCAAGUUUCUGCUAUAGCUGUUGCUCUUGAUAUGCUUUUUGCUGGGGCACAGGAUGGUUCCAUUUUGGCAUGGAAAGGCAGUACUGAGAACCCAGUGGCUCCUUUUCAACUGGCCAAAUCUUUGAAAGGCCACACUGGCGCAGUGACAUGCGUAACUGUUGGAGAUAAAAGGCUGUACUCUGGUUCCAUUGACAAUACAAUAAGGGUGUGGGAACUCAGUACUUUACAGUGUAUUCAUACUCUAGAUGGGCAUACUGAUGCUGUGAUGUCACUUAUUUGCUGGGAGGAGUAUCUGUUAUCUUGUUCAUUGGAUCAGACUAUAAAAGUCUGGGCUGCUACUGAGGAGGGCAACAUAGAAGUGGUCUAUACACAUAACGAGGAACAUGGUGCUAUUGCUCUUUGCGGGAUACACGACACAGAAGUCAAACCAAUUUUGUUAUGCUCUUGCAAUGACAAUUCGGUUCAUCUGUAUGACCUGCCAUCAUUCAAUGACAGAGGCAGAAUUUUCUCAAAACGAGAAAUCGGAGCAUUGCACGUGGGUCCAUACGGCUUAUUUUUCUCUGGCGACAGCACAGGAAUGCUCACUGUCUGGAAGCUGGUGGAAUCACAUAAAGGAGUUUCACAAGUAGCAUAGUAUCUGCAACUGCAUAGCCUGCAAAAAUUUGGUCCUCUCCUAAUUUUUUAUGUAGAAGGAAGAGGAAGGGAGAUAUAUAGAACAAUGAUUGUAAAUGUAAAGACAGACCCCGUGAUACGUUUUUAUUUUUAUGGGGUUCUGGGUGCUGUUAUCAGGAUUUUCUCGAAUACUAGGAAACCCUAGUAUUUCAUAUCCGUACUUUUUCUUAGAAGAACUCCAUGUAUUGACAUUGUUGUAUUAUUCUUUGACCAUGGAAUAGAUUUCGUUUUCAUUUUCCCCAUA